AUGGAAAUUACAUAUAUUUUAUCUAAAUACUUUGGUUCAAGUAGAUCAAAUAUCUAUCAAUCAAAUAGCCAACAAAGUUUAACAAUUCAAAAUUCAAAUGUUGCCUCUAAAAAAUUAAAUGUUUAUGAAUUUAUACCUUAUUAUUAA